AAAAAAUUGAAAUCGAAUUGAACCCUGAAGCUAGCCGUGCCGUGGCCGGCACAUUCUAACAUGACCCAUUCCGCCCCGCCCGAGUUCCGAUUCCCAUGCAUGGUACAGACUGGCGGGGUCAACGAUGCCUUUCGCUUCCUUCCCCCGGGGUCGGGUCCCAAGCGGCGGUCCUCUCUAACAAGGCGACGCGCAGCCGCUGCGGCGGCGGCAGCGGCGGCGGCGACAGACGCCGGCACCACUCGUGUGGCGGCGCUCUCCGCCGUUGACGGCGGCGGGGAGGGAGAGCUGUCCGUCAUGAGGUCCAUGUCGCCGCUCCUGGCGGAGCUGCUGAAUGGCAAGCUCGGGGCGACCAUCGCCAUGUUUUGCCGGCGGGCGGCGGCGGAGGCUAGGGCUCCUCGAAGACGAGGGUGGGCAGAUCCUGAGGAGGCAAAGGCUGCCGACCGUAAGCUGGAGGCGGACACACGUUGGGCAGAAAAGGUGCUGCUGGCUGAAAAGGAGGUGACCCUAGAACUGCGGCGACUGUCCAACCUCGAGGUCUACCCGGCGGCCGAGCUCGCUCACAUACGACGGGAGCACCGGGCACUGGCGACGGAAUGGCAACAGGUUUGGGAACGAUGACGAAUGAAGGCAUCGGGUGGAGGACGCCCAGAAACCCGCGCAAAACAUGCCGCAAGCACCGAUUUGCACGGGGUGCCCCUGUUGCACGAUGGUGUAACUACAGUUUUUUUUUUGCCGAGUUGGCCAGGGGCGUCAGGCGCGAGGUCGCACCUUUUUGUUUCCGGCCAUGAACGUGUGUGAGGCAAGGAGAGUUGAUGAACGGAUCGGGGAUGAUGGGCGGUGUCCAAUGUCGAAAUCACGGCAAACGGUAUCGCGGGCGGUACUUACCUCGUCGAAGUGUUACACCGCACACGGGGAUGCUGUACGUCGGUGUUGGAGCGCAGCCCGUGUGGUCCAGUGACAAUCGUUAGAUGACACUGCAGGGAAAACGCAGCCAACACGUGCGUCCAUUUACAUUUGGUUCCCCUCCCGUUUUUGGAAAAUGCACAUACAACCAACACCCGUUCGAGGAAAAACCACAGUCGAAGGGGGUGUGUUGGAUGCCUUUGUGCAGUGAGAACCGUUUUCGUUGUUUCGUUCUUUUUUCCUCUUUUUUGUGGAUGAUUUUUCCGAAAACGGUUUAUCCAGGUCAUCGGCAAAGACGCCACGGACGAUGAGCACGGGCGGUUCUGUGUAGUAGGGGAAGACGACGACGAAGGGGACUUUGUUGGCGGCGUCGGCGUCGGCGGCGGCCGCGGCGGCGGGCUGCUGCCGCGGCCCAACGCCGCCGCUAUCGGCAGAAGGAACGGCGAGGCGACCGCUGCGCAACCGCCGUCGCUGCUGGCGAUGCUGCUGCCCCCAUCCGGCACGAAACGGCGACGAAAAGAGAUAGCGCUGGCCCCGUUUAUCGCCUCUACAGCAGGAAAGGACGCAGCAGUGGCGGCGGCGGCAGCGGCGGCGGCGGCGCCAGGAGGCAUUUCGCUGUCGGGGUCCUUGACAGCGACCGGGGUAGGCGGCGCAAGCGGAGCCAACAGCGGCGGCAACGCUGCCAACAAGCGUCCGGACGGUCGCCGUCAGCGCCGGAAGGGGUCCGGGGGUGGUGGCAACGGUGUUGCCAGCAUCGCCGGGAGUCGUGGCCCGCCAGGCGUUCGUGGGAAGGUCAAGGGGGCAUCGGGCGUCGGCGGUAGCAGCGGUGCCGGGAAAGAGGAGGUUCUGGGGUCGCAAAGCGAGCAUCGAGGCAAGCAGGAGAUUGAGCUCGAGUUUUCGCGGCUGAAGUGGGCUCUAUUCAGGACGCGUCGGCAAGAGGCCGAGAUUCCGAGAAUGGUCGCGAGAGGGCACGGGCAAACCCUUGUUCCCCCCUUGGGUGCCAUGCCGCCCGUCCUGUCUACUGCCGGG